GGCUGUUUUCACUGUUACACAAAAAAUCCGCCAUGCGUUUUAGACCGAAAACAGUGUUUAAAAUUCACUCAAGAGUCUCAGUUGAGACUUUUAGUUAUUAAUGUACACUCAGGUCAUAAUGUUGUCAUAACGUGUUCUGCAGUUUUGUCUAAGAUAGCGACGGUUUACGGUUGAUUGCUCUUCGUUUGUCUCAACUAUCAACUAGCUGUGAGCAGUCCGUCCCAACACCUGGUUUCCUGGCAACCCGGAAAACCACACAACGACAAACUAACUGCGUGUGAGUGGAACGAAUGCUUCCCUGUUAACGUCUGGCCAUUUGCUAAAUUAUAUGCAACGUUGUGUUAAACAUCUCACAGUGAGCUGCCAUGGAGGGUUUGGAGGUGAUGCUUAAGGGUCUGUCCAUUGCUCGGCGAUCUCAUCCUGAAGAGCCCACAUACCUGUUGGAUGUCGCCCUGCAGCCGACCGGACUGUUGGCCGUGUCCUGCUCUAACUUCAACAUCCACCUUCACAACAAAGACACUCUGAACCUGAUGGGCCAGUAUAAAGGCCACAGUGGACCCCUCUGUGGGGUUAUGUUCUCCCAUAACUCCCCUGACCUCCUUUAUUCUGGUUCUGCUGAUGGGACAGUUCGAGGGUGGGAUGUUCGACGACCUGAGACAGAGGCGGCACAGGUGUUUAAAAGUGAAUCUUCACACAGCUACUGCAGCUUCGACCUGAGCUGCAGCGACAUGCUUCUUUGUGCAGGCACUGAGCAGCUCAACGGGGAGGACAGCUUUCUGGUUUUCUGGGAUGCCAGGAAACCAGGUGGGGGGCCUCUGGGGGUUUACUCUGAGUCACACAGCGAUGACAUCACACAGGUGCGCUUCCAUCCCCGGGACAAAGACCGCCUGGCAUCAGGUUCCACGGAUGGACUUGUUAAUGUAUUCGACCUAAGCCGUGGAGCAGAGGAGGAAGCACUGCUGAUCACCUGCAACAGCCACUCUUCUGCUGGGUCAGUGUGUUGGACUGGAGCAGAAUACACCCAGCUGCUGUGUCUCAGCCUCGACGAGGGCCUUUACCUGUGGGAUCUGGGACAGGUGGACACAGAAGAGCCUCUCACUGUGUUCAGCACCUCUAAUUCCCGCAGCCUGACUCUCCUGCCUGAUGGAGGAGGGGUGGAUUACUUGGUUGGGGGCAAGUGGCUGGAAGAAGCCCAAAAGCUGCUGGUGGUCGGAGGGAACAACAGCGGGGCGCUGCACCUGAUGGAGUGUGACAGCAGGGGGCUUCGUCUGCUGAGGAGCUUAGAGGGGGGCCAUUCCUCCACAGUGCGCUGCUUUGCAUGGGACUCGCUGGGUGAGGCUCUCAUCACAGGGGGAGAAGACGCUCAGCUGCUGUUAUGGAAACCAGGAGGGGAGGAGCUCACAACGGGUAAAUGGGAGUCCAUGAAGAGUGAAUCAGCUUUAAGAGUCAAAUCCAGGCCACAUAAAAAAUGUGGCUACCAGAGAAUGAAGAAUGCAAACAUACAAUAAUGUGACUGCAUCUCAAUAUACAUGGAAAGACAAAUAUUACGGUUUAAUGUAUCUACAACCUGGACACUAAUUUCCUGCAAUAGAUUCACUGGUGUCACACAUAGUUCUAGUCUUGAAUUAGAGACGUUGCCUAAAACAUAACUGACCUUGUGAUUUAAAUAUUGCAAAACAAAAUUGAAAGUAUUUUUGUCAUUUUAAAUACUUUUAUUACUGGUGUGAUUGGACUGAUUCAUGCACAAGUAUUGUAUAACUUCCUGGAGAUAAAAAAAAGAAACAGUGAAGAACAGUUACCGAGUGGACAACCAGUGAUACUCUGUAUGUUAUAAACAACUUUAUUCUCUUUAUUUGUCAUAUAUAACUUUGACACAGUUGUGAUUUCCCUGAUUCAAUUUUUCUUCCAUCUAUAAUUUUGCAGUUCCCCCUAUUUUUGUGUUUUAUGGUGUGUUUUUCUGCUUGCAUAAAAUUACAUGAUGGUACAGCCACAACUUGGAGGGAGACAUUCAAUAAAACAUAUUGUAGUUUACACUGAUACUACUAGCAGCACCACAUAGUAGAAUACUAUUAUAAAUAUAUACAAUGCUACAAAGUGCUCUAAAAAUCCUACUCUGUAAAUACUGUAUUAUUCACAAAAAAGUACUAAAUUUCAUAACCAAUA